AUGGGCCGAGUGGCCUCGCUGACUCCAGGCCGGCCUCUCUCUCUCUCUCUCUCUCUCUCUCUGCUCCGGCUAUUCGGUGUCUCCGCUCCGGCUUCUUAUUGCGGACAGGAUGAGGCGGCGGCGGCUGUUGUUGUUGCUGCUGGUGUUGUUGUUGUGGAUCGAUCCGGUUCAUCCAAAUCCAAUCCCAGCGGCUCCGGAAACCAAUCGCAGCCUCCCUGGGGGAAACAAUAAUGGACAUGCUGGAAACAGCCAGGGUGGAAACAAGCAACUUAACUCGGAGGCCAAUGCGGAGAGUGGCACCGUGGGCAGGGGCGGGGGUGGGGACCUGGGCAUGACCGAGGGUGGCCAGGGCAAGACCAAUGUUGGCGGCCAGGGCAAGACCGAUGUUGGCCAGGGCAAGACCGAGGUUGGCGGCCAGGGCAAGACCGAUGUUGGCGGCCAGGGCAAGACCGAUGUUGGCGGCCAGGGCAAGACCGAUGUUGGCGGCCAGGGCAAGACCGAUGUUGGCGGCCAGGGCAAGACCGAUGUUGGCCAGGGCAAGACCGAUGUUGGCGGCCAGGGCAAGACCGAUGUUGGCGGCCAGGGCAAGACCGAUGUUGGCGGCCAGGGCAAGACCGAUGUUGGCGGCCAGGGCAAGACCGAUGUUGGCGGCCAGGGCAAGACCGAUGGCGGCCAGGGCAAGACCGAUGGCGGCCAGGGCAAGACCGAUGUCGGCCAGGGCAAGACCGAUGUCGGCGGCCAGGGCAAGACCGAUGUCGGCGGCCAGGGCAAGACCGAUGUCGGCGGCCAGGGCAAGACCGAUGUCGGCGGCCAGGGCAAGACCGAUGUCGGCGGCCAGGGCAAGACCGAUGUCGGCGGCCAGGGCAAGACCGAGGUUGGCGGCCAGGGCAAGACCGAUGUUGGCGGCCAGGGCAAGACCGGGGACAAUACCGGAGCUGCCGGCACAAACAAGAUUGAGGUUAUGGGCAAGGACAAGAGCAACACUGAGGGAAGAACUGAUGGCAAUAUCCCAGGUGGUAGCGUGGGCAAGAUUGAGGGCAGGACUAGGACUGGCAGUGAGGUCAAGACCAGUGCCACUGGCAGUGGAAUCCACAAUGUUGAGAAUGGUGAUCAAAGUUCAAAAACUGGUGCAAAUCAAGGCAAUGGGGCACUGAAUGGGGUGGAGGAGGUGAGCAGUGACAACCAGGCAGUACCUGAGGACAUGAAGCCAGUCGAUGGGCAGAGCAAUAAGGCCAAGGACGAUGAGGGGGAUGGCAAGGAGGGUGGUGCUAAUGAAGAGGAGGAUGAGGAGACACCAGAAACGGAGGGGGACGGGAAUGUCGUGGAGGCUAACGACAGUGCACCUGCUGGCGGAGGAUUGGUGAAGAAUGGAGCUGGGACGAACAUAGGUGCUGAUUCGGUGCCUAGCGAUGAGCCAGAGAGCAGCCAUUUCUUUGCCUAUCUGGUGACCACAGCAGUCAUUGUUGCUGUCCUGUACAUCGCCUAUCACAACAAACGCAAGAUUAUUGCUGUUGUUAUUGAAGGGAGGAGGUCGAAGGCCAAUCGACGCCCAAAAUCAACAGAUUAUCAGCGAUUGGAUCAGAAGAUGUGAAGGUCCUCUGAGCACUGAUGGAGCCCCUCCCCCCCGCUGAGGCACAGCAUCCCCCCACCCCCCCACCUUCCCGUCUAAAAUGUGAGACCCUUUACGUCAACCCAAUGCUAGAUCAACAGAGAGUUUGAUCCAAAAUCAAGGACUGAAUCAUUUCUCCAGGCGCCAGUUAGCUUGGUGUGGAUGUCAUUUCCCGAUCAGUUCAAAGGCUUUAAAUUAUGUUUCUGUGUGGUGGUGG